CCUGUUAGCCCAAUUAUUUCUCAACAUCUCAUUAUUUGCUAUUAAAUGGGGAAUAUUUACCUCUACAGGUAUAAAGGUAAGCAGUCAGUCCGCGCUUCAUUCACUGGUCGUCUACCCGAAGCUCUGAAGAAAUGUUCGUCGUUACUGUCGGUGUCGCGACACUGCUGUCCACAUUGUUUGUGGCUCAGGGCAAAUCUAUCGGAACAAAACUGCGACCACUGGAGGAAAUUCAAGAAAUACUUUCGCGAGAGAAACGGGAUUUGAAUAUAUUUGAGAGAAGCGACCGCGUGUAUGUAUACAUGCGUCAAGUCCUUCCUCUGUUUGAACUGUAUGUUGGACGCAACGGCCCCGUCAUCGACAUCCGCCACUUCGAGAACUACGACAGGACCAUCAACAUCAGCAACGUCUUCUACGUCAGGCCAACACACGUGAGGCACGUGCAGAAUGUGGUCCGAGCUGCCCACUGGCUGGGACUACAUGUUCGCGCGGUGGGCUACUUUCAGAGUCGCGCGCCGCUCUACGUGGAUGAAGGUCACGUGAUGCUGGAUAUCACAGGUCUGGAACGUCAUGACGGACCCAAGCUGCAAAUAAACGAACCGACUGCCACACGCGACUACCACACCGUCACGUCCAUGAGCGGCGUGUUCACCUACGAGUUAAACGCAUUCCUCGUGCGACAACGUCUCACCUUCCAUUCGGAGCCCAUCCAGGUGAACGGAACUGUCGGGGGCAUGGUUGCCGCGUCCUCACACGGUUCAAGCUGGGAUGGACCAACCAUGAGCGGCUACGUAGUUGAGAUGAGGAUAAUUGACUCUCGGUCUCGGCUCCGGACAUUCACGAUCGAAGACGAUGGUGACGUCAUGAAGGCGCUCAUGUGUAACCUCGGCGUCUUCGGGAUCAUGUAUGACAUCACGCUGAAGGUAUUUCCAAUGAAAAUAGCCAAAGUUGAAAAUCAGUUCCUGACAAUAGAGGACCUCUUUUACAACGCGGAGGCACUGAAGGCCGUUGUGACGUCCAAAUUCCUGACAGAACCUGCCUGGUACCCAUUCAGCGGAAUCUCGGACAGCGAGGCGGAAGAAUACGCCCGGACCGGAACUAUACCUAGCAACUGGACCGCCAAGAAAGACGUGAUGUGGUUGAGGACAAUCGAACUGGUGGAGGAUGUAGACCCGUCCCUCAUCCAGGGCCCCGUGUUCCUGCCCACUAAGGGGGCGCUGUCGGGGGGGAACGUCACUGGUCUACUGCGGGGCAGGGCAGGCGUGGCUAUCCCGCGGUCCCUGCCCCGUGUGAGCUACCACUACCUCAUCGACGCCUUCGCCACCAUCCUGCCCCCCAAACACGGCAAGGAGACGAGCGCGGCCUUCAUGAUGAAUAUAGACAAGGACUUCGACAGGCCGACCCGGGCCGUGCAGUUCAUCAUUGAGGAGUCAGAGCGACAGAUCCGGCUCAACGGCACCACCCCUGUCAACGCCCUCCUCCCUCGAUUUGUCCUCAACGUCGACUGUCUCCUCUGCCCCGCAAACAACGCCUUCAACGUCGCCGGAGACACCGGCAGGUCCUUCGUGGUCGACUUCCUGGCGCCCCCAUGGCAAGCUGGCUUCUACGACAUCACCAUUAAGUUUAUGACAGCGUUUGAGAAGGAGGAUAUCCGCCCCCACUGGCCUAAACGGUACGACAAUAUUCCUGGAAUCAUACCGCAUAUUCGCCGAGUGUACGGAGAUAACAUCCGGGCUUUCCUGGCUGCACGUGACCAGGCGGCAGUGGAUCCAUGCGACAUGUUUAUGAAUACGUAUUUAUCUGAAAUUCUAGGUCACACCAUAAAGUUCUGCUGAAGACUUGUGUGGUCAUUUCUGUUACUGAUAUAUUGAAAAUGUGUAUUAUAUACUAUUGCAAAACGUUGCACCACCAUUUCAAUAGAAUAUUGUAAUACUUUUACAUUCCUUCAAUCGUAUCCCAAAUUCGUGGAUCGAUGCUCAUGAUAUCAAUCACUGGAAUGUCUUGUCCAGUCUCGAUUAUUUACAGACAGAGAUUGGUGAGUGUGGCGUUAAACAACAAACAAAAAUAAAAAAAACAUUCCCACAAUGCGUAUGUCCUUGCUUUUGUUGUUCAACAU